UUCUUUACCCACCCAUUGGCAUAGUUUUGGCUGUCGCGCAGACACCGUGAAUAUGGGUAAAUCCUCCAAGGAUAAGCGCGAUGCUUACUACCGACUAGCUAAGGAGCAGAAUUGGCGUGCGCGCUCGGCGUUUAAGCUAAUCCAGAUCGAUGAACAAUUUGAUCUAUUCGAGCACGAGAAUCCGGAGAAAGUCACGCGGGUUGUGGACCUUUGCGCGGCACCGGGUAGUUGGAGUCAGGUUUUGAGUCGGGUGUUGAUCAAGGGCGAGAGCUUUGGCCGGAGGGCGUGGGUGGAGAAGAAAGCCAGGGAAGAGGCAGCGUUAGCAGGUGCGAACAGUGAUGCGACUGACAACGGCGCUGAUGGGGAUGCCGAUAUGAAGGAGUUGAAACCUAGAAAGAAUGUCAAGAUUGUCUCGAUAGAUCUGCAACCCAUGGCGCCGCUGGAAGGCAUCACUACCCUCAAGGCAGAUAUCACUCACCCUUCCACAAUCCCUCUUCUUCUCCGCGCCUUGGAUCCGGAGGCUUACGACUCUACAACAUCUUCUUCCCCUUCUACUAUCCGACAGCCGCAUCCUGUCGAUCUUGUUAUCUCCGAUGGUGCUCCUGAUGUCACCGGCCUGCACGAUCUAGACAUCUAUAUCCAGUCGCAGUUGCUCUACGCAGCGUUGAACCUUGCCCUGGGCGUUCUCCGGCCCGGCGGCAAGUUCGUGGCCAAGAUCUUCCGUGGCCGAGAUGUCGACCUCAUCUAUGCACAGCUUCGUACCGUCUUUGAGAAGGUCAGUGUCGCGAAGCCGAGAAGCAGUCGAGCGAGUAGUCUGGAAGCCUUCGUGGUCUGCGAGGGCUUCAUUCCACCAGCCAUCCAUGACGGUUCGAUGGGCAUAGACGCUCUCAAGAACCCCCUAUUUGGCGGAGCCGCAGCGGCACAUAAUGUGUCCACCGAUGGUAACGUCAGCAUAGAGGUGAUGGACGUUGACUCUGAAGUCAAACCUGGAGCCAACCUUACGACUAUCAAAACCGUCUCUUCAACAGGACCUCACAAGGAAAAUCAGACCCGCAUGCUGCAUGCCGAGUCUGAUAGCUCUUCUAAGCUAGAGCCCCUUUCUCAGAAACCUGUGACGGAGAGGUUCGCCGUUGAGAACAGGUGGAUUCCUCCAUUCAUUGCCUGCGGUGACCUCUCUUCCUGGGAUUCUGAUGCGUCCUACGCUCUACCUCCUGAUCAUGUAAGCUUGGACCCUGUUCAGCCGCCCACUGCUCCGCCUUAUCGGCGAGCGCUGGAGCUGAGGAAAGAAAAGGGCGGUGCCUAUGGAAAAACGAAGCUAGGAGCUCUUGGACGGGCUUGAUUGAGAUGCUACUUUUUUAUAAUUGAUUUCUUUACAAUACUUUCUUUCAUAUAUCCUUUUAUGUCCACUCACAAAAAUCGGUUUGUUGGAGAUCAGGACCAUGGAUUGGCAUAAAAUAAGGCGGUGUUAUGGGGGGAACAGAAGAUCUGCAGUACAAGUAUAUAGAAGAUACCCAAAGGAUACAAAAAUAGAUCAUUUACAAGGG